AUGCACUUUCUUACCACUGUUAUCACCACGUUGGCUGCUUGCCACUCUGCUAGUGCAUGGAGCCUCGCUAUCGCCAACACCCACGAUGGCACGAUCCAAACAGGCGGCAACCCUCCUCAACUGCGCCGCAUCCUGUCUCAAGAUGUGAAAACCUCGGCUUGUGGCGUCUUCGGCCAGGAUCUCCCUGGUGUAGGAUGCUCGCAGGAGACGAUGGACGGGGACAGUCCUCAAGGUUGCGUCGGUGACUUUGAGACAAACUCUCUUACACCCCAGUUCGGUACAAGCUGCACCUUUUACAAGAAUUCCGACUGCUCUGGAGACGAAAAGACUGUCGAACGUACACGAUCUGAAGGAAUACUUACUGAAGACAAUGCACAAGGCUUCACUGCCUUCAAGUGUUGGGACAAUGGCGCAUUCGUCCCAUGGAAGGCAUAG